UGGUCUUUUACAAGACCCAAAACACCGUCAACAACACGAUCGCCCGUUGGAUGGCAUUCGUUGACCAGUUCGACUUCUUUCCCGAUCAUAUUUCGGGGAAGUCAAACCGUUUCGCGGAUGCUCUUUCACGGCGUCCGGAUCACUGCACUGUCGUCUACUCGACCUUCGAGAUAGAGGAUGACUUGCGGGAYAGUUUCAUCCGUGGCUAUCAAGCCGACCCCGAAUUUCKCGACAAGUACGCAAAUUGUUUCUCUCCCACUCCGGCGCCUUCGCACUAUCGGAUCCAAGAGGGAUACUUGCUCGUUCACUCGCGGGGGAAGGAUCUACUUKGUGUGCCGCAAGAUUCACACUUGCGCACGAGGCUUCUUGGCGACUUCCACUACGCCCCCGCCACCGGACACUUUGGAGUCAAUCGCAGAUUAGCCGACUCCGCGAGCGCUUUUGGCGGCCCAGUCUUCUCGACGACGUCACACGCUAUUGCGAGUCAUGCGAGGUUUGCAGAGCGCAAUCAUCGUUCGUACGGCGAACUGCGACCGUUACCGGUCCCCUUGUGCCGGAGGGAAGCGAUUGCCAUGGACAUUACCGGGCCGKUCCCCAAGCACAAGACAGGCGUGGAUGAGAUUCUCACGGUGGUUGAUGGACUCACCAAGUUCGCCAUGCUUUUGCCUUGCCGCUAUCAUGCYAAGGCACCGGAGUUGGCCGAGGUUCUCUACGCCGGUUGGAUUCGAACCAAGGGUUACCCCAAGGAAAUCGUAUGUGACUGCGACRCUCGGUUCAUGUCCAAUUUUUGGUUGGCGCUCAUCAAACGAUGGGGCUCAUCCCUCAAGCCGAGUUUGGCUCGCCACCCCCAAACCGAUGGCCAAACGGAGAGGGCACAUCAGACCGCACAGGUCCUUCGUACUCUCAUCCGUCCCGAGCAAAAGGAUUGGGUCGAGCGGCUGCUGGAUAUCGAGUUGGCAUACAACUCGUCCAUCCAUCCGGCUAUCGGGAUGUCAACCUUUGAGUUCGAGCAUGGCUCGCCGGUCAAUUCUCCGUUGGACACAAUUAUCCCAUGGGUGGCCGAGAGUGACGACCACCUUCUCUUCAUUCGUCGGAUGCAAGAGCUUAUUGUCAAGGCACGUGACCAGAUGUCAAAGACGCARCAACRUWUGCGCCAACAGGCCAACCGCCAGCGCCUUCCUUAUCCGUUCCRCGCCGRCGACCUCGUAUGGGUUUCCGCUGCGGAAUUCAGCCUCGAACAAGAUAUCUCUCACAAGCUCCUUCCAAAAUGGAUGGGGCCCUGGCCGAUCGUGGCACCCGCUGGGGACGCACCCGAAGGACCUUCAUUUAUCAUUCAGGUGCUCGCCCACUUGCCCGUCAACCCGGUCUUUCACUGUUCCAAGUUGRCUCUCUAUACGCCAGCAGAACUUGACGACUUUCCCGGGCGACGAUCGCAAGACCCACCCUCGAUGGACGGUUUCCAAGAGGUAGGCAACAUCAUAUCCCAGCGACGUUACGGCAACAGGCCGACUGAAUUCUUGAUCCACUUUGCAUCUGACAGAUGGUUGACCCAUGCGGAAGCUCAAGCAACAGCUCUGGACGUCCUCGCACACUACGAACGCAAGUUGCAAGGCAAGCCGGCAUCUUCGGCUCCACGCCGCACCCGCGUCCAAGUUCCACCUUCAAAUCGUCAGCUUCGCCCUCGACCCGGCUUGACUUCAUAAGGAGGAGGGGGUGUUGCAUGUUGCGCCUGCACACGG